UGCCUGGGAGUUGAUGUUGACUGACUAAGCAUAUUUUGAUUUUGAUUUGAAAGGAAGUGCAAAUUGGAGUUUCCCAAUAACACUGCUGUGCCCUGUGGUCCGUUGCUGCAGCAAAACGCGCAAGGUCAUAACAGGUUGCGAUAAUUGUAUUCGGUUUCACGGUUUCACUCCCUUCUUCUUCUUCCUCUUCCUUCGAUGGCUAAUCGGCACACCAUUAUUCUAAUGCAGACAUCUCAAAAUAGAGCCACAAGGACGUUCAUGGAUUAUGAAUCCAUCACUCAGGCCAUGGAUGGCAUAUGUGCAUUGUAUGAAAGGAAACUGAAGGAGUUAAAUCCGGCCAUCAGAAAUCUCUCUUAUGAUAUUGCUGAUCUCUACAACUUCAUAGAUGGUCUUGCGGACAUGAGCGCCCUAGUGUAUGAUAGUUCAAUUCAUGCUUACUUGCCGCAUGAUCGACAGUGGAUUAAGCAAAAAACCUUCCAACAUUUGAAGAAAUUGGCACAUUGAUUAAUCCCUUAACUUUUGGCAAUUCAAUGUAAAAAAUCGCAAAGGGUUGAACCUGUCUGUUAUGUGGCUAUACCCCGCUGGCUAUGUAAUAUGAAUACCGAAUGCUGCAAAUGUUGGCACGUAAUUAUAAUUCGACAGCUGCUAGUGCUGAAGUUUUAUGAACAAACAAAUGAUUGUCGUGGGCAUGGUUGCUCUACCUUCAAUUGUCUGAGAAUUUGUCUUUUUAAAAUACCUUCAUCUUGUGGUAAUGUCAACCCGUAAGUUGCACCGUUGAGUAUCCUCUCCAUACAUUAUAAUUCAUGAAUGCUAGUUUUGAGAGUUCAUUUUCCA